AUGACCGGCUCUGACGAGAAGAGGCGCCCUGCCGCCCUCAACCUCACGCCGGCGCGGUCCACGACGGCGAGCUCGACAGACUCCGAGUCGUCGUCUCUCAAGCCUCCGCGCACGCCACGCUUCGCCGAGGCCACGACAGUGCACUCGCCCGUCGACGAGAGCAACCGCGGCCGCUCGCCCUUUGCCGACCCGGAGAAGCACGAGAUCCAGGCCGUCGGCUUCGGCUACAUCAACGACAACAACGGCGCCGACGAGUCCUCGGCCAGCAUGCCGCCCAAGUCGCCCCUCAAGAGCGCCAUGAAGAUCCCCGGCACGCCCGCCCGCAACUUUUCCAACCCCCUCAGCCCGACCUUUCGCGAGGAGGACGCGCUGGAGAAGCGCGAGGCGUCGACCGACGUGGAGCAGGCCCGCGAUCUUAAAAUCAAAACCCGCGUCCGCAUGGCCAAGUUUGCCCUCCGCGGCGUCAACUUUAGCUGCUCCCUCAUCAUCCUCGCCAUGAUCUCGUCGUCCUUUGCCAUCUUCAACAGCACCAAGUCGCUGCCCAACCAGAGCAAGAUGCCGUCCUGGGCGCAAAACACAAAGUCCUGGCCGCAGAAGCUCGUCCUCUCCAUGUCGUGCGUCUCCCUCGGCGCCUGCGUCUUCGUCUUCGUCGCCUACUGCCGCGGCGGCCACCGCCGCGCCGAAAAGGUCGGCACCUACUACACCAUGUUCGCCAUCGGCUGGUUCAUCGUCAGCAUGAUCCUCUGGGUCGUCACCGCCGCGCUCUUCCAAAACUCAAAGAACAGCUCCGGCAACAAGGACAUGUGGGGGUGGUCCUGCGUCGACAACCAGCGCGCGCAGGUCUUCCACGACAAGGUCGACUACGCGCUCGUGUGCCGCCUGCAGAACUGGAGCCUCAUCUGCAUGAUCAUCGAGAUUGUCGUCGAGGUCAUCUGCAUCACCCUCUACUCGGUCGUCUUCUACCGCUACUACACCAAGCGCCGCCUCACAAAGUCCAUGGACAUGCGCGACCGCGCCCGCUCCGACCUCUACCUCGCCCAGCUGCGCUCCAUGUCCGCCCCCAACACGCCCGGCUUCGCCGCCGCCGGCCCCAAGUCGCCCGACUUCUACGGCCCCAAGUCCCCGGCCCUCAGCAGCUACGCCAUGUCGCCGCGCCACCCGCCCGCCGCCGCCUACCAGAACAUGGGCGCCAUCCCCGAGGCCGCCAGCCCCUUCACCCCCGGCGGCAACAAUGUCGUCGUCCCCGCGUCCCAGUUCAACGCCCCCUCGCCCGGCUUCAAGCUGCAGCGCCCGCCCACAAAGGCCCCCUCGGCCACCCCCAAGCUCGGCCAGGGCGCCUUUACGCCGACGUCCACGACGCCGGCCACGCCCUCGGCGCCAGACUUUGCCGCCGCCGUCGCCGCGUCGCAGCAGCAGCACGCGCCCCAAGCGGCCGAUGAGCCCGUCUACGACUCCGUCCCCAUCCCCGGAGCGUACGCCGACCAGGCUGUCAAGAGUCCGCCGGCUGAUCAGACAAACUUCCGCUACAAUUAA